UCUCCCUCCCUCUCCCGGUCACUCUACGGCGCUCUCCACCUCUCCCUCGCUCUCUCUCUCACUGCGCCUGGGACCAAACUUGUUUCAGGAAAACCAAGCAAACAUAUUUUCUUUCGUUUAAAGAAACAGGCUCGCCAAAGAGAAGGCGUCGACUUCCUUGAAUCGUUUCCUUCCUUCACUUUCGAGAGGGAAGAUUCUGGGUAUCAUAUACAACUUCACUUAUAGCCAGCAUUUCGGUAGAUUUCGCUGCGCGACAACUUUCAAAAACAUGGAUUGGGGAACCGAUCUUUGGGACCAGUAUGAUGUCAUCGACAAACACACCCAGUCGGGCCUUGACCUUGUGGAGCGCUAUAUCAAGUUUGUGAAGGAGCGCACUGAGAUAGAACAGAGCUACGCCAAGCAGCUCAGGAAUUUGACUAAGAAGUACACCAAACGAGGAAGCAAGGAGGAGCCGGAGAGCAAGUUCUCCAAUCACGCUGCAUUCCAGGACAUCCUGAAUGAGAUGAACGACUAUGCCGGCCAACGGGAGGUCAUCGCUGAGAACAUGAUGACUGGCAUCUGUGUGGAGCUCACAAAGUACCUGCAAGACCUCAAAGGCGAGCGCAAGACGCAUCUCGCAGACGCCAAGAAAGCACAACAGAGCUUGGAGGCCAGCCUCAAACAGCUGGAAAGUACUAAAAAGCGAUUUGCUAAGGAGUGGGGCGAGGCCGAGAAAGCAACACAGCAUGCGGAGAAAACAGAGGCUGACGUGAAUGCCACCAAGCUGGACGUGGAGAAGGCUAAGCAGCACUCCAGCUCCCGCACUCACACAGCUGAGGAGUGCAGGAAUGACUAUGCAGCCCAACUACAGAAAUACAACAAGGAGCAGAGCCACUUUUACUACACAGAGAUACCUCAAAUCUUUAACAGCAUGCAGAAAUUGGAGGAGACGAGGAUCAGACGACUGGCAGAGGGUUACUGCCAGUUCUCGGAGAUGGAGAAAAGGGUUAUGCCCAUCAUUUCUAAGUGUCUAGAAGGCAUCUCCUCAGCAGGGGGUAAAACUAACGAGAAACAGGAUUCAUUGCUUUUCAUUGAGCAACACAAGUCCGGUUUCGAAAGACCCGCCGAUGUGGAGUUUGAAGACUACACCCAGGGAAUCAAACCAGCAACCUCUGACUUAAGCCUCUAUCCGCAGCGAGUUAGGCCAAAGCUCUGGCCUUUUAGCAAGAAAACAAAGAUUUCACAUGCUGAAAAGCACAUGCCUCCUGCAGCAGAAGACUUCUCCCACCUUCCCCCUGAGCAGAGGAAGAAGAAGCUGCAGGCGAAGAUUGAUGACAUCACCAAGGAGCUGACCAAGGCACAGGACCAGAGUGAGGCGCUGGAGAAGAUGAAGGGGGUGUACGAGCAGACCCCCCAGAUGGGAGACCCGUCCAGCCUGGAGCCCCAGAUCCAGGAAACAGCCCACAACAUCGGGCGCCUGCGUGGGGAACUCGCCAAAUAUGAGACAUGGCUGGCAGAAGCCAUUGGAGGAGAGGAGUCCGCCAAUGCUUUUAACAACAACCUCCAGUCAGGCAUGCGGCAGUCGACCCGCGAGAACGAGUAUGAGUUUGACGAGUUUGAAGAUGUGGAGACUCCCAUUGGCCAGUGCACUGCUCUGUACACGUUUGACGGCAACAGCGAGGGCACAGUCUCGAUCACAGAGGGGGAGCAGUUGAGUGUGAUGGAGGACGAUAAAGGGGACGGCUGGAUGAGGGUCCUGAGAGCCAGUGGAGAGGAGGGCUACAUCCCUUCAUCCUAUGUCAACGUCAAUCAAUAGUACACACAUACACCCACUAUCUUCAUCUACAUGAAACUGUUGCAAUGCUAGUCUUCUUAAAGACUUUUACCCCAUCACCUUAAUUUGUGCACCACAUUAUUAUAUAAAAGAUGAUCUACUUCAGGUUGCUAUUUUGUACACUAACUGUCAUAGGAUUUGUAUCCAUUUUAGAAACUCAACAAAUAAGCAAGAAAACCCUGAUCUCAGUGGUUCACCUGAGCAGGUGGUCACCAUAACCAUCGUUGCUUUAGUUCACUUUUAGAUAAGAAUUGCAGUCUCCCUACCUUACACAAUAAUGUGAUCUACGAAUGUGAAAAGUUUGUGACCUCCAACUGGAUGCAAAGCAUUAGAAUUAUAACAUGGGUAUUUAUUUUUAACUAAAUAUCGAUCUAUAUUAAUCUUUAAACUCAUCUCCUCAUUUUUUUAUCAUUCUACGGAAGAUUUUACUUUUAGGGUUAUCCAAAUUUAUUUAUUUACUUUUUUUUUAUAUUGAGUAAAACCAAAGCAAGAGCAGAGCAGCAAAGGAUGAAUAUCAAAAAGGUUAAGAGUUAAUAAAUAUCUUAUUUCAGUUUUCAAAAUAAUUUUCCUGUUUGGAGGAAUAGUAAGCCGACACUUUAUACGUCAAAAGCCAAGGUUGAUGUUAUCCGAUGUUGUGGCAUUUAAUCUGUGGAUUUACGAAUCCCCAGAACAAGUAUGUACAGGAUGGAAGUCUUCCCCUUGAUUAUUUUCUCAUCCGAUCAAACGCCCUCACCUUUAUCAUUUAGAUCCGUCUGCUAGUUUGUCGGGAUUUCAUUUGCAAGGUUUUAACAUGGUUGGCCAGCCGUAAUUCACGCUUGGGCCGUCAUAAGUCUGGCCUUUACCUCUUUGUCUUUGAAUAUAACUAUGGUCGUCUCUUCAGCUGUUUCACGAUCUCUGAAUCUGUUCAUCCUGCUCUUAAAAUAUUUCGGUUGCAUUGCGGUUCUUUCAUGGAAUGAAAAUGCAUCUUUGAGACUCGCUAAUUACAACUCCAUCUUUAUUGUAGAAAAAGAGGCCGUUCCUUAUACCAUAGCACCUUUUGACUUUAUAGGAGUAUUUAUGAACCUCACUUGUGACAAAUCACUUAAUGUUUACAUGUUAUCUUUUCUCUUGUUUUCCUAUUACUGGAAUAGUGGACUUCUCAUUAUUUUGAGUUUAUUAUUCACUUAUACAUAUGAAUAAGCCAUGUAUUUACUGUGCAUACAGUGUAUCAUUAAAUCUUAAGCGAAAAAAUA